AUGGCUGCUUCGCUCGCGUCCCUCGCUGCCGUCCCGACCAAGUCGCUCCUCGCCGAGCUCGAGAAGCGCAUGGAGUGCGCCACCAAGAAGGAGCGCCGCACGAUCUUCAUCGGCCCGCCGGGCUGCGGCAAGGGCACGCAGUCGCCGAUCAUCAAGGACGAGUACUGCUUGUGCCACUUGGCCACGGGUGACAUGCUCCGCGCCGCCGUGCGUGAUGGCACUGACAUGGGCAAGAAGGCCAAGGCCGCCAUGGAAUCGGGCGCCCUCGUCACGGAUGAGAUCGUCAUUGGCAUCAUCAAGGACGCGAUCAAGAGCCCCGAGUGCCGCCGCGGCUUCAUCCUCGAUGGCUUCCCGCGCACUGUCGUGCAGGCCGAGAAGCUCGACGAGAUGCUCGCCGAGACGAAGACGCAGGUCGACAAGGUUGUCAACUUCAACAUCCCCGACCAGGUGCUUGUCGAGCGCAUUGCGGGUCGCCGCAUCCACGUCAGCAGCGGCCGCAGCUACCACGUCAAGUUCAACCCGCCGCAGGUCGAGGGCGUCGAUGAUGUCACGGGCGAGCCGCUCAUUCAGCGCAAGGACGACAACGUCGACACGCUGAGCACGCGCUUGGAUGCGUUCCACAAGCAGACGCAGCCCGUCAUCGACUACUAUGCCAAGCAGGGCAAGCUCGUCGAAGUCGACGCAAAUAUUAGCAUGGACACGGUCACGGGCCAGAUCCGCAAGUCCAUGGGCACCGACUAA